AUGUCACUCAACGUCGCACUUUCACUCGCUCACUUGGACUCGGUUCAGACAAUCUUUUGACCUUGGAUCGCUCUUUCGCUUCUCUUCUUGCUUCUUUUCGUCUGAUACGUUUCGCGCUGGCCCAGACGUCCAUUCAUCCUCUCAAUCAACCUCCCUCGGCUUCAGAACUACCGCAAUCGCUUUCGUCUUGUAUACGCGUUAUCUUGCAUGCAUGAUUUCGUAACACCCAAAACACCACCCUGAUAGACCACAAUGGUCGCGGAAGAAAUUGUCCUCCACAAGAAGACGCGUAUUGUGUCCGUCGUCGCCGCGACUAUCAUUGCGCUCGCCUGCGGGACGAAUUACGCAUACGGAGCAUGGGCACCGCAGUUCGCCGAUAAGCUCCAGCUGUCCGCGACGGAAAGCAAUGUUGUUGGCACAGCAGCGAACUUGGGCAUGUAUGCCGCAGGUAUCCCUGUAGGCUUCAUUACGGAUAAGAAGAGUCCACGUUUGUCGACUCUCAUAGGCGCGUUUGCGCUGCUAGGCGGCUACUAUCCCAUCAAAUUGGCAUACGAUGGGGGUCCUGGAUAUAUGAACUUGUCGAUGAUAUCCUUCUGUUCUUUUAUGAGCGGUGUGGGAAGUUGUGCUGCGUUCCAGGGCGCUUUGAAAACAGCAACCCUCAACUGGCCAACACACCGCGGCACGGCAACAGCCUUUCCUCUGGCAGCAUUCGGACUCAGCGCAUUCUUCUUCACACUUGUAUCAGGCGUAGCGUUUCCCGGUGAUACUUCUGGCAUGCUUCUCAUGCUUUCUCUAGCAACUUCGCUUCUCGUCGUAAUCUCCAUACCCUUCCUUAUUGUCGUAGACCGCCAGAGCACCACCUAUUCAGCCCUCCCAACCACCGAGCGUCCUCGACGGGACUCCAAUGUCCUCCACCGCACAAAAUCUGGAGGAAGCAAACACAGCACGCGUGUUCUUCCAACCCAAGAAAUCACAGACGACGAAGAACAAGGUCGUGCCUCUGAUGAAUGCUCCUCCCUUCUCUCCGGGCCCGGAGAUGUCGACGACGACGACGCCACAUGUAAGAAGUCCGCUCACUCACAUCGUCCAGAUAUAACGGGACUGGCGCUGCUCUACAAGCCCGAGUUCUGGCAGCUAUGGGUCCUGAUGGCGCUGCUCACCGGUGUGGGUUUGAUGACUAUAAAUAACAUCGGCCACGACGUCCAAGCCCUCUGGAACUACUGGGACAAAUCCGCAACCCCAGACUUCGUCGCCCACCGCCAACUCUGGCACGUCUCCAUCCUCUCCAUCUGCUCCUUCUUCGGCCGUCUCUUCUCCGGCAUCGGCUCAGACAUCAUCGUCAAGCGCCUCGGCCACUCGCGCUUCUGGUGCGCCGCCAUCUCCGCCACCGUCUUCGCCCUCGCCCAACUAUGCGCCAUCCGUAUCGCAGACCCGCACUUCCUAUGGGCCGUCUCCGGUCUAUCGGGCUUCGCGUACGGCGCGCUAUUCGGCGUCCUGCCCGCCCUCGUCGUCGACGCGUUCGGCCCCGACGGCUUCUCAGUGAACUGGGGCUUCAUGACGCUCGCGCCUGUUAUCAGCGGGAACGUGUUCAAUCUUUUCUACGGCGCGGCGUUUGACGCGCAUUCGGUUGUUGGGCGGGAUGGGAUGCGGAAUUGUGAGGUGGGGAUUGAGUGCUAUCGUACGGCGUAUUAUGUUACGCUUGUGUCUAGUUUGUUGGGCGUAUUGGCGUGCUUUUGGGGGAUUUGGGGCGAGCAUGCUAGGAAGAGGAGGGAGGUGGAGGAGUAUGAGAGGCAUAGGGAUGCUUGAUUUGUUUUCUAUUGGGGAGGUUUGCUGGGUUGGAUAUAGAAGGGCGAUAAAUCUAGACUAGGGUUUGGCGUGUGUUUUCGUAUACCCUCGCGCUACAUACAUUAGAACUAGGUAUUUGCAAUUUAGUAUAUAUACAC